GAUGGGUGGGGGAUGCUGACAGAAAGUGGGAGGAGGACUAAGCCAGAGUGGAGGAGAGAAACAGAGAGGAGGAGCUGGGAAAGCACCAGAAGCAGCAGACACGGCUAAACUCAAUUCAGAGCAAGCAACAAGCAAACAGGAGUCAACACAGGGGAUACGGCACGCUCGCAUCCGACGACAACCUGGAGACAGACAGAAGGGGGGACGGAGUCUGGAAAUUCUGCAUUCACUCGCGUGGACUAAUGAGAACCUUUAUUUUUUCCUGUGCAGUAGAGAGUUGAUGUGUUGAGCUUCAGAUGAGGAAGUGGGACGAUAAAGAAGAGAUAAGAGAAACAAGGAUGAGAAAGAGCUCAACAAGAGAAGCAGGGAAGGGGCCCUAAAAGGGGAAUGCCUCAAUACGAACAGGAGAAAAAAAGAACGAAAAGACCAAAGGCAGAGAGCAGCGUGAGCUGAAAACAUGUUUACAGCCUCUGAAGUGUGAAAGCCAGAAAAAGUUGCGACAGCACUGCAGAUGAAGCGGACAGAAUACUGACUUCUUUGACAAUCUGAUUGGUGACUUGGGAGGUCUGUGGGCGGCAGACAGCUGGGGCUCUGAUUCACAAAACCCGACUCGGCACGGAAACAAGACAUGCUACAACUAAGAUGAGACUUCUCCGUCGUAACAGAAGCUAAGACGGAGGAGAGAGUGUGUCCAUCCGGACGUGAAGACAUGCUUUUUGCAGAAAGGAUAUACAGCUGUGCCACCUGGAGCUUUUGUUUUCCCUGCAAACAAAGACUCGGAGAGCAGGACACUUCUAGUUCCAACAAAAUAACAGUUAUAAAGUGAGCUCAUACAUGCAGGAAGUGACCACCAACAAAGCAGUUAGUAAGAACAGUGGCUACAAAGAGACUAAGGGAAAGAUGUAACUAGUCGAUGACAUGGAUGAGAGUGAAAGCAGCUGAAUUUGGACUUUGUUUCCCAUGUUUUCUAUCCAUCACCAGCCAGCUCACUUCACCUUGUAAUGUAUUUGCAAAGUGUUUUUCUUUUUUUAACUUUAUCGCUCUCGGUGGGGAAAAAGCAGAGGAAGUGAACCACUGAGUUUUGGCCGCGUUACAUCCUAUCACACUUAUUCUCAGCCUGCUACACAAAAUUUGCAGAGCAGAAGAAAUCUGUUGACAGAGCCACGCCUGGGCCUGUAUCCUCAGAAUCCUUUUUAUCCUCCUGUCUCCAACCACCCUGCAAAUGGCUGGUAUGUUGGCAGGUGGACACACAUGUAGCAGCCUGAAUCGACGUUACGUGAGUCAGACAAACUAAAUAACCAUGCCAGAGCACAAGCAAGAGCUGGGAACAGACGUGCAUUAUGUUGACAUUUUGUUUGUGGCCCGUGGCUUAAGUGGAGCAAAGUAAAUAAGGGUUUUUUUUUUUUAAUGAAAAGAUAUUUUAAGACAGGGUUAUAAACCUUGUGGUAGGAGGUAUAAACAUUAGCAGAAAAGAACGGACCCACUUACCCGCCUACAAACCAAAGAUGAUGAAGGAUAUAUGGAUACGAGUCAGCUUGUCAAGAGGGAUGUAGAAGAAAGAAAUUCAAAUCAAGCAUGUAUACUGGCUGGUCUUGGGGGGAAAGUAUCAGAGAAUUAAGCUGGGCCAUAAAAAGAAAACUAUAAAAAGAUUGGUAGCUGUUGUACCCAGUGUGCCGGUGACACCAUGUUACAUUUUGGUGGUAGCAGUGGUGGUGCCACAUGCUUCCUGCAGGGUGUGGCAUUGCCAACAGCUGUAGCAGCAUCACCGCUGUGGUGGUCUGUUUUUGUGCUGUUACUCUGUCUACACCUCCCGCAGAUGAGCUCUGCCCAGGCUGGCAUUGGAGUACCUGGGCAGAGCUCAUCUGAGACAAACAGAUGCCUCUGUGCCUCAGACAUCCUCAGCUGCACUGCUCUGGGUCUGGAACAGGUCCCCAGAGGUAUGCCCAUCUCUGCUGUCACUUUGGAUCUGAGCCACAAUCAUAUUGUGCAGUUGGAGGGGGGUGACUUUGGAGGACUUUUCCGACUGGAGACAUUACGGCUAGCACACAACCAGUUAACUAUAAUUCAACCAGGAGCAUUUCAAAAUACUUCUGGAACAUUGCUCCGACACCUGGACCUGUCAUCCAAUCAGCUUCAUGUGCUGGAACAGCACUAUUUCCUAGAACUGUCUGGACUGGAAGAGCUGCUGCUGUUUGACAACCACAUUUUCCGCGUUGAGACUGGAGCACUGGCUGGACUGGCCAGUCUCCGCAAGGCCUACCUCAGCCAUAACAGACUCACAGAUUUCCCCUUCUUUUCUAUCCAAAAGCACAACAACCCUUACCUUAUACUGCUGGACUUGUCCUCUAAUCGUUUUCCAAAAUUACCCCUGGAGGAGAUAUCAAACCUCCCUCUUUCAGUCCAGAGUGGACUCUACCUCCAUAACAACUCCCUGAAGUGUGAGUGCUCAAUGUACGGCCUGUUCCUUCACUGGGAACAGAGAGGCUACACCUCAGUGAGGGACUUCAAGCAAGAGCAUAUCUGUCUUGUCUAUGGGAUACAAAAAGCUACAGUGCGCUUCAUUCAACACAACCGCUACUUUGAAAAAUGCAACAAAACUGUCAUGAGUCAGCAGCUGAGCUUGCUACAAGACCAGGAGAGUAGUGUGUUAGUGAAUGAAGGAAGCACAGUGGUGCUGGAUUGUGUGACGAGUCUCACCGGACGCCAUGUGACAUUUAUUUGGGUGUCCCCUAAUCACGAGUACGUGGCACCGCCAGGAAAUAAAGGAUCAUUAAAGAUGUACACCAAUGGCAGUUUGGAAAUCUUGGAAGCACAUACUGAGGAUUCUGGAAUAUACUGGUGCAUGGCCCUGGACCAGCAGCAACACCGCAAUGCGACACAUGAGGUCAAUGUGACAGUGGUAGCACCCCAUGACCCUGAGCCUCAUGAGCCCUUCAACACUGGGUUCACCACCCUGCUGGGCUGUGUGGUGAGUCUAGUGCUAGUUCUCAUGUACCUCUAUCUGACACCAUGCCGCUGCCCACACUGUUGUAAAGGUUCAACCCUUUCAACAGCAACCACAAGUACUGGAAAUGAAGCUGCAGCAGCAAGUGCACAAUCCCGCAUGCUUACCUCAAACCUGCCAGCAACUUAUGACAGCCCAAAUCUCAAGGUCAGUAGCAACAAGCAUGUGGUGUUUCUGGAGCCUGUCAGAGAGCAGCAGAAUGGCAGACUGAGGGCAGGGCCAGGAACUGAAAAAGUGGAAGGACAUUUGGGGCCAGGUUUACUGCUAGGAGCAGAACAUCAACCAAAACUCCAAAACCAAACGCAGCAGAAGGCAGAAGAGACAGAAUCUAUUAUGUCGGUUUUCUCAGACACACCUAUUAUGUUGCCAUAGCAAAUGGACAGAGAGAGAGAGAGAGAGACUGACUGACUGUUCUCACCUCUUCUUGGAUACCUCCUCACCAAUUACUACUCCACCCAAUACUAGACCUGAGCAAAACAGUAAUACAAGACCUCCCUGACUAAAACCUUGAUAACAUUCCUUUAUACAAGACAGAUUUAUUUUCUGCAAACAGUUCUAAUCCAAUUUGAGUAGUAUGACAACUGUUCAACAAAACCUCCCAGUGAAAAUUUAGUUUGCAAUGUCUCCUCCUCCCAGGUCCUCUUUACUCGUCUCUGUAGCAAUGCCCACAUUCACGACAAGCCCCUGCACCAAGUGGACAAGUGGAAGCCUCUAAAUAAUAUGUCAGUGAUUAUCAAUGUUUGUCUAACACCUAAAUGCAAACAAAGCCAGAAAAGUGUCACAACCGUCGUAGAGAAGCUUGAAUCUUCGACUGGACUGGGUUGCUUGACGUGAGUUGACUCACGUCAAGCAACCCAGUCCAGUUGAAGAUUCAAGCUCCUCUACUAUGGAAACCACCUGGACAACUGAGAGCCUACACAGAAACAUUGUCACAACCGUCUUUUUUCCAGUGGUGAGCUUGUGUGGCAUUUAAGAGUAAAUGUUCAGCAGUGUUUAAUCCUACCCGAAUGCACCGUGCUGACUUUUGAUGCAAAACAACUACAGACACAGUUUGUUCUGCUCUGGCAUACAAGCAAAUCCUCAAGAUGUUAUGAUUAAAUUGUACAUGAAUUUGGUCAAAAAACUGAUUGUGAAGAAAAAAAAAAAAAAAAAAAACGACACUACUGUGAUCAUUCCCAUACAUGGUAGGGAGUGUACAUAUGGUUAAGGCAUAUUUAAAAAAAAAAAAAAGGGCUGGAAAGGAUGUUAAAGUACACAAAUGGUGGAGACUAAACACUGUAAGAUUUAAAAAAAAUACUCCGGGAAGAUCUACUGUAUGGAAAUUGGUAGCUGUACUGUAAAAAAGGGUGAAAGACAAUGUGACAGUCAAGCAGAAGGAACACAUGUAGAAAGAAUGACAAGGAUGCAGAGAUGAAGGUGUCUUCCUGAGACUAACACAAGCAUGGACUGCGACUGAAAGAAAGUGCACAAGGCUGUCCCUUUAAGCACGGCUUGCACCUUUAAUAAACAUUUGCUACUGAUGCCUUCUUGUCUCACAAAGAGACAUAGAAAAAAGUAAGAACAGAUUUUUGUAGAACUUUUUAUUUUUUAUUAUUUUUUUUUUCAGAGGCCGUGCAUUUAGCACCAAGCAAAUCUGCAUAGUGUAGCUCUGUCACAAUGUGAGAAGUUUUAGAUUAGACAAGCUAGAGAAGAAGAGUUCUUAGAAAGUAAAAAUAGAAACAGCUAUACAAAAAGAUGGGCUUUUUUUUCAUUUUGUUACUGAAAUACCAUCCCACCUUUCCCCAACUGUCAAUGUUGAAUACUGUCACCGUCAGUCAGGAUUUGUGCAUA